UCAAUAUAAAAACAAGUUAUUACGAGCUACUCUAUAAACCGCCACUCGUGUGUUUUGUUAUCGGCAGCGACAGAGGAAAUGAUCGGAUGGGACUUAGUGUAAAAGGCGACUCGAAUCAAAAAGAAUACACUGUGUAUGAUACCAGUGGGCCAGCUGGUAUGUAACGAUUUUUUUUUGUUUGUUGUCGAGCAUGACGGGAUAUGGCUUUACUGGGACUCCCGUGUCUUACCAUCUGCUCAGCCAACUGAUCAAUACAGCAAUAAUCAGGGGUUGUGAAACCACAGACCCAUGCAGCACUGCCGUCCUGUUGCUCCGAGGCCAGUGGGCCGGGCCUGACGGGGGAACACUUGGGGGGCUGGGUGGGCUGAGGCGCUGAGGAUGCAGCAAGGGAGCUGAGGAGGAGACUCCCGAGCCACAGCCUGACACACACACAUCCAGAGCUUGCUGCUGCGCACUGCCCUCCAUCAGGGGGGACUCUCUAGUUGGCCUGGACCAUGAGCAAUGAGUCUACCGUCUGGAACAUCCUACCAGAAAACUCCACAGAGAUCCCAUUUAAGGCAAAGGAGCAACAAGAUGGCUAUGUGCUCGCCCUGGUGAUCCUCUCCAUCUUCCUGGUAGGAACGCUGAUCUUCAUCUCGGUCCUCCUCAUCACCUGCCGUCGCUGCUGUCGUGGAGGGCAAUGCUGUGACAGGGCCAGCGAUGACCCUGAAAAAAACAACACCACCUACAUGGAGGAGUCGCAGCCCACCCAUGAAAUCACCAUCAGGGUGGAUGAGGCAGACUGCCUGUCAAUGGCCAGCUCUCACGAUCAAGAGACAGAGCGCUUCCUCUCCACGGGCACCACCGGCCGCCGUGUCUCCUUCAAUGAGGCUGCACUCUUCGAUCAUGGCAAGAAGGCGCAGGAGAAGGGCCGCAGGUACACUCUGACCGAGGGUGACUUUCACCACCUGAAGAACGCACGCCUCACACACCUCCACAUCCCUCCUCCGGCCCUCAAGAUAGUUACCAUCCACGAGUGUGACUCUGUCGAGAACACCAUCGCCAUGACAACGCGCCCUGUCGCCAAGUCAGCACUUUCCAUCUUCCAGCCAAUGCUGUGCCCCCUUCCACAAACAGCGUUGACCAGCCUGAGUGUCAAUCCAAGCUGUGCCCUCCCUGGAGAUGCGCUCAACUCUGUGGUGGACACCAGCUUCAGCGAGAACACUAUAGCGCUCAGCACUAAAGAGCCCAUCUCCAGCUCUAUUGAAAUGAUGAGAGCUGGGCCCCGGGGCAGAGGCAGCAGUCUCAGUGUUGGAGAAGGGGCCGCGGUGGGCAGCAGUGCCCCUCCUGCUGGUGUUGGUGGUGCAGGAAGUCAGGGGCCCGUGCUGCAAUUCUUCACUAAACUGCGGCGCCAUGCUAGUUUGGAGGGCGCCAGUCCCUACUUCAAGAUCAAGAAAUGGAAGCUGGACAGCAGCCAGAGAGCUUCGAGUCUGGACACCAGAGGCUCGCCAAAGAGGAGGCAGUUCCAGCGCCAGCGGGCUGCCAGUGAGAGCAUGGACCAGGACGACAAUGACGCGCACCACAUAGACCUCAUUCAGUACAUCGCCCGCACCCAGGACAUCACCUACUGCCCCAGUCAGCCCACAACGCGCCUCCUCUCACCUCCUUCUACACCACCCCCCUCCCUCGGCAGGGUAGAGGUAGAGGUGAUGGUGGAGCCCCGCUGCAGCUAUGGAGGACCAGGGGUGAUUGGCCUAUCCCCUGAUCCCCAAGACGAAGCACUGAGCCUAGAAAGAAGGGAAGGUGCACACCCCUUGGACCCCCAAGAUCCCCAGGACCCCCAGUCACUUUACAGAGACAUCUGGAGCCUUCGUGCAACACUGGAACAGUACGCCGCCUCUGAUCAGAGCAGCAACAACGACAGGAACUCUGUCUGCAGUGAUGCUGACAGUGUGUGUUCGCUGGGCGGACGCACAGAGACCGAAAGAGGAGGCCUCCCCAGCAACCCGUCCCAGGAUUUAGGGGACGAGGCAGAAGGUGUGGAGGAUGACAAGAGCUUUUUGAUGUACGUGGAUGAGAAGUUGGGUAUGAAGGAGGGGAGAAAAAGGAAACAGGAAAGCACAGAAUCAGAGCGAGGGGCCAGUGACGGAGAAACAGGGACUCGUAAACUGCUGCAGAUGGACAGCGGCUACGCAUCAAUAGAAGCUCCAUCCCGAGGUCCAGAAGACCUGCGACUGUUUGGAAGCAGCGUCAGUGGCAGCCCUAAGGACAGGACAGCCCAUGAGAAAAGGCACCACUUCACAAAUGCAGGGCGAACUGGUACUAUUGGUGACAGCCUUGAGUCUUAUCUCUUUGAGGAGGAGCCAGAAGAUGAGUCGUUGUUGGGUGCCACUGGCGGAGUUUCCAUAGAAACAGGUGCUGGUCCACUGAGCUGGUUCCCAUACGGUCAGAUGCUCACACCUCGAGAGGCCACGCCACUGUCAUCUCAACCACCAACCCUGCACCGACGAGACUACAGCAUAGAUGAGAAGACGGACGCUCUCUUCCACGAGUUUCUUCGCCAUGACCCUCAGUUUGAUCAGCUAGAGUCGCCGCAGAGGAAACACCGAUCCCGAAUCCAUCUCCGCAAGCAGUGGCAGCGGCACAAACAGUGGAGCGACCCUGGUGUCAGACACUUCCAGUCAUCCUUUGAGAGACUGCGGACUCCGCUACGUAGGGGUCAAAGUGUAAAUUAUCCGCUGGACACGAGCUACCAGAGCACCCUGCCCCGCAUCGUCAGUGCUCCAGACGAAGAGGCCAGCGAUGGCACUGGCAGCACUCCUGACACUCCGAAGGUAGAACCUACGACUACGGAUGAUGGGAGUUUGGAAAGUGAGCAGGGAAUCACUGUCAAAGACACUGAGGGUCACACCCCUUCUCCUUCGCCUCCUCUUCAUCCAUCUACGUUACACAAAGGUGAAGGACCGAGUGAGCACCUUGACCUUCAAGAGAACAGCAAAAAGUCAGGACUCCCUCCCGAGCCACCAGAUGAGCGCUCACCCCCUCAGCUGCCCGACUCCUCAGGCUACGGCCCACAAACCAUCACAGCAGAGCUCACAGACAAACUGACUGCCAACCUGGAUGAGAGGCUGUACACGGGCCUUCGGAGGACCAGGGACUCGGCCACUGAAUGUGUGACGGUGACGGCCACGCACGCCUCUCCCGACCACAGCCCAGUCUAGCUCGACUCCAGUCGUCCUCCUUGUCAGCUUCACACCUGCUGAAACACACUGCUUCUGUUCGAGUUGUCUUUCCUCACUUCAAAUGUCCCUCUGUAUACAGUUUGAAUGGUGUGAUCCAGACCCACGAAGAAACAAUGGAAAGUGUGCUUUAAACCGGUCUAUAUUUAAACACUCUUUCUCAGAUAUUGUUAGAUACAGUUGAUCAAAUAGAAAUGCAUCCAGUCUCUCUUUAUGCCUGUUAGCAUUACAAAGCUGUUCAGUGUCGCCAUUUCACUUUUUAUCGAAGAUGAUACAUAUGUAGAACUAACAUCAAAAACAAUGCUUUCUGUUUGUCUAUUGUUUUUUUCUGUGUCUGUGGUCUAUUUAGUCUAUAUUUCCAAGUCUCUACUGCUGUUAUUCCUGUCUCUGCUCUCCAGUGAGAAUAAGUGAGGCUGGGGGGCGGUUUGGCCUCUGUACUUGUUGACCCACUGUGAAACUAGGUGCUAUUAGAUGUAAAGAAAGCUACAGAUCUAGACACAGAUCAUGCAUUACAGAAAUAGAAGAAGUGUUGUCGUACUUAUGAGGUAAAUGUUAGAUUGUAAUUUAUCAAAAUUAUACGAGGCACAUUCUGGGAUUAACUAGACAAAAUUCUAAAUGUGGUUCAAAAACUUGUAGCUCAGAAUUCCCCAGAUGAUUAAAGUAAUGUGACAAAAAAUUUGUUCACUUUUAUUUUAUUGGGUUUUAAUCGAUUGAUGAAAGAGAUCUAUUGUUCAACUGAUUCUGUUGAGCUGUACUGCUCAAUCAGUCUAAAUCAUGCUCCUUUUUUUCCGUAGCCAUUUUUCACGGAUGUGUCUCGGUAUCGAGCUGAGUUGGAAGAUGACAUCAACAGUCUUUGGCCCGGCCACAAUGCUCUGAUUGGUCUGUUGUUUUAAGUGUCAAAUUGUAAGAUGCUUUAUUGUAUUUCCCACCCAAGGUGGGCAAAGCCCCUCCCCUACCCUGACUCUGGUUGGCUGGUAGUCGUUGCCUCCAUUGGUUGGGUUGGUUAUAGGUUUUGGUGUGAAGAGUGACGACUGCUUAGGGAUAGGGUAAGAAUAUCAGGGUAAGACAAUGAGGUAGCGGCCAGGUCUUUGCCCAUCUUGGGUGGGAACCAGGCAAGUCAUUAGGGGGCACAAGCCAAACUGUUUGGGAACCACUGGUUUAGAUAGAUCACCAAGAAUAAAAGCCAGAGACGUUUGUCCCAGAAUUACCAGAUUUCUCCCAGCAGUUAUUUUGAAAUGGAAGACAUUAUCAGAUUCUCCCUAUCAUGGUCAUCGUGUAUGUUGUUUUUGUUUGUAUGACUGAAACUGUGUCUCAGCUGUAACAAAUAUGUCUUGUUUGUUUUUCUCUGGUUUGUUUUAUGUCUGCAUCGCUUGAACAACAGUAAAAACUGACUGUGGGGCAGGUUUCUGUGCCAACAGACAGAACUGACGAACCAGACAGGCACUAGUGCUCUUGUAUGAUGACUUUUUAUCAGAUGUGACUAUAAUCUAUGAGUACUCUAAGAGUUGGGCAUCACUGACACUAGAACAUACUCAGUCUACAGCCUUUGGGGUGGGCAGUUACAUUAAAAUCCAUCAGACAGGAAGGCUGCCUGCACAUACCUUUGGUGUUUUUUGAAUUUAUAAGAAAGGCAUGCUUCCUUGUGCAUGUCGCUCCCAGAACAGUACAUAUUUGUCCAAAUCUGACAUUCUUGUUUUUUUCCCCUUCUCUUCUCCUGAGGAAGUUGACAGUACAGUCGAUGCAGACGACUUUAAUCAUAAGAAAGCUUAUCAAAACCAAACAGAACAGAAAUAUUAUUUGUAUUGAAGUCCACUUUAUUUUUCUCUCUAAUUUGGCAUCCUUGCGCGAUUAAAACAAUCCAGCACUGCCAUUCAAAUGAAACCACAUCAGCAGGAAGAAUAUCCUCAGCAGCCGCUUGACCGUGACCCAGUUUUGCUCAUGAAAUCUUAUUCUCAGAGGGGCUGUUGGGCUUCUCCGUCUUCCCCUUGUGCAAUGCGGGGAGCCACUGCAGAUGAUGGUGUUGAAUAUUAAUCAUAACAAGAGAGUGGAAGCCCUCUUUUCAACCUCCGUUGUUCUUUCAGGCCGUUACGGUGCAGUAAAUGAAAAG